AUGGAUCCUCUGAUCUCAUCAUUGCGUGAGCAAGCAAUGCUGAAGAAGCGUACAACGAUUAGCAACAACAGCACUCCACUCCUCCGUAUGCCAAACGAGAUCUUGGUUAUGAUUGCAGAACGAGCUGAUAGACCUACCCUGCGACUGAUGCGUCUCGUCUGCAAGAAGCUGAACAACUACUCUACUGAGACGUUUGGCAGGACGCAGCUCCACACUCGCCGCUUUGUCUUCUCAGAGUAUGGCAUCCGCGGAUUCCACGACCUUGUGUUCCAUCCUGUCCUUGGUCAUUUCCUUCGCAGCGCACAGUUCAGCACAUUCAGACUGGACCUUAGCAUGAAUGCCGUGGUCAAACUCGGAAGAAGAUGUGUUGCCAGAAAGAUCGGAAAGAGCGUUGACAAGGGAGUAAUCGACGAAAACUUCAAGUGCACUGAGUUGCUGAAGGCUUCGAGAAUUCACACGUAUACCUCGGAUGAGGCUGCCGGUGCUCGCAAGCGAAGAAUCACACCAUUGAUUGAGGAUCUUCUUCACCGCGCAUUCAAACGCCUCUACCACAUCAACAUCAAGGCCAGUACAUUCAGCAUCGGCGUCUACGAUGACUUCGCGAAGGUGGAUCUUCACAACGUGUGCUACAAGACGUUUACCGGAGCUGCAUACGAAACCUGGCCAACAGCCCACCAGAAAGGGUAUGGUUGGAACAGGUUGUACGACAACCUGCCGUGCCAAACUUGGCAGUACCGACCCGACAUCCCCCUCCGCUAUAUCAAGCGGGCGCUCGCUGGUUGUGGCUGGAAUCCAUCGAUAACAUUCUCACUACAGGCUUUGCCAGGAGAACUCUGGGCACCAGACCGCUUCCACAAGCAAAGAAACGCCAGUCAUCACGUUGCACAAACUGACCUCAUCAACCACUUGAUUGUAAGGGGAAUAGACACCCUCUGGGGUCCCCUUUGGGACAGACAAGACGUCUGUGUAAAGGAUCCUCUCAGGAUGAUCAAGCUUCAUGGCAAAACUGCUUGCCUCGAGUUUCGCGGAAUUUUCGUGGGUGCUGGAAAGGUCUCGCUAUUGGAAGUCCCCAUCUUUCCCGACUGCAAUGCAUGGGGCGGGUUCCGCGGCGUGCUGCUAGACCACCGCCUUGAAGAAUUGCGCAUCUCCUGUUGCGCCAUGCGCAUCAUCGACCUGAUAUCCAUCAUUUGCCACCAAGCCCUCGACCUCAAGAAGAUCAUAAUCAGCAACACAACCCUGAUUUUUGACCACGACCCUCACUACUUGAAGCCCAUUACCCAUUGGUAUGUCAUGCCUCGUCUGUUUGAUCUGAUCCAAGACCUCCAUCAGCUGAAAGCAUUUUCGUUCGACCACGUUGGCUUGGCUGAUGCGGAUAAAGAUUUCAAGAUGAUCUUUGGCUACGAUGUCUACGAGGAGAUCUGGGAAGGCCGCGAGAUGAUCUGUGAUAGAGCUGCAGCCUGUGCCACUGCUCUUCGCGAGGAAUUCAACGCCAUCGAGGACUUUAAUAUGGAGCGCAUGAUCCGCGUGCAAAGACCCACGACCCCUGCUUUCCUCUCAAGCUGGACUGAGAAGGGAGAGCAGACCGAGCCCCCGACAUUCUAUGACUGCUCUGGUAAGCCCGUUCGCAAAGGGUUUGCCGAGGCCGAGGGCAGGUGGUGA